CGAAAGCAAACAACGCGUCGUCCUACCCAGCGAGCCGCUUUGUUCUCAUACCAGAUUACACACAGUCAUACCGAUUGUAUUCGACUACUCUUGUGUGUUUGUACACAGUUAUUUGUGGAUUAGCUUUUAAAGAAAGAACAUGAUAUUCAUGAGAAUUGCCGUAGCAGCACUGGCCUUGCUGGCUGCUCCCUCCAUUCGUGCCGAAGAGGCCGGUGAAGAGGCCAAGAUGGGUACCGUGAUCGGUAUCGAUCUCGGCACCACGUAUUCGUGUGUCGGCGUGUUCAAGAACGGACGCGUGGAAAUCAUUGCCAACGACCAGGGAAACCGUAUCACUCCUUCAUACGUUGCUUUUAUGCCCAGUGGAGAACGUCUUGUGGGUGACGCUGCCAAGAAUCAGGCCACCAUCAACCCCGAAAACACCGUUUUUGACGUCAAGCGUCUCAUCGGACGCAAAUACUCGGACAAGUCCGUGCAGGCCGACAAGAAGCUCGUCCCCUACGAAAUUAUCUCGGAUAAGGACAAGCCCAUGAUCGAAGUCAUCCAGAACGAGAAAACCUUCAAGUUCGCUCCUGAAGAAGUCUCCGCCAUGGUGUUGCAAAAAAUGAAGCUUACGGCCGAGACAUUCUUGGGCAAGGAAAUCAAGCACGCCGUCGUUACCGUUCCGGCGUACUUCAAUGAUGCCCAGCGCCAGGCGACCAAGGAUGCCGGAACAAUUGCUGGUCUCAAGGUCGAACGCAUCAUCAACGAACCGACUGCAGCUGCCAUUGCAUACGGUAUGGACAAGACCGGCGGGGAAUCCAACGUUCUCGUCUUUGAUCUCGGUGGUGGAACUUUCGAUGUCACUCUUUUGACCAUCGACAACGGCGUCUUCGAGGUGCUGGCCACGAAUGGUGACACCCACUUGGGUGGAGAAGAUUUUGAUCAGCGCGUUAUGCAGUACUUCAUCAAAAUGAUGAAGAAAAAGUCCGACGUGGACAUUUCCAAAGACAAGCGUGCGUUGCAGAAGCUCCGUAAGGAAGUCGAACGCGUCAAGCGAGCUCUUUCUUCGCAGCAGCAGGCCCGACUUGAAAUUGAAGAUUUGGCGGAAGGUUUUGACCUCAGCGAGACUUUGACCCGUGCCCGUUUUGAGGAGCUAAACAACGAUUUGUUCAAAAAGACCAUGGGACCGGUUGCUCGUGUCAUGGAGGAUGCCGAUCUCUCCAAGAGCGAAAUCGACGAAAUUGUGUUGGUGGGAGGUUCCACCCGUAUCCCCAAGGUUCAGCAACUCAUUAGUGAAUACUUUGGUGGUAAGGAACCCAGUAAGGGUAUCAACCCCGAUGAGGCUGUCGCCUACGGUGCUGCCGUGCAGGGCGGUAUUCUUUCCGGCGAAGGCGGUGACGCGACCAGUGAAAUUCUUCUGUUGGACGUCACCCCGCUUUCUCAGGGUAUCGAAACUGUCGGAGGUGUCAUGACUAAGCUCAUCAACCGUGGUACCACCAUUCCCACUAAGAAAUCUCAAACCUUCUCCACUCACCAGGAUAAUCAGAACGUUGUUUUGAUUCAGGUUUACGAGGGUGAGCGUUCUAUGACCAAGGACAACCACAAUCUCGGAAAGUUUGAGUUGACUGGAAUCCCGCCGGCUCCUCGGGGAGUCCCUCAGAUUGAAGUCACCUUUGAAGUUGACGCCAACGGAAUUCUUCAGGUGUCUGCUGAAGAUAAGGGAACCGGGAAGGCCGAAAAGAUCACGAUUACUGCCGAAAAGGGUCGCCUUAGUGAAGAAGAGAUCGAGCGCAUGGUCCGGGAAGCGGAAGAAUUCGCCGAAGAGGACAAGAAGGUCAAGGAACGCAUCGAUGCCCGCAAUGGACUCGAAUCUUACUUGUACAACCUCAAGAAUACCUUGGACGAUGAUGAAAAGGGCCUUGCCGACAAUCUUUCCGCCGAAGACAAAAAAGAACUGCAAGAUAUGAUUGACGAGACCUUGGACUGGAUGGACGGAAAUCCCGAAGCCGACAAAGAGGACUACGACGAAAAGCUAAAGGAAGUUGAACAAGUGGCCAAUCCCAUCAUGCGAAAUGUCUACUCCGGUGGUGCCGGCGGUGGCGCCGAGGAUGACGCCGACUUUGCUGACGAUGAGUUGUAAACUGGGUACAUUUUUGGAUCGCCCAUUCUUUUACAAAACAGUUAGAUAACGCAAUAAAUCUUUUCUCACACACUC